AUGGCACGCCAUACUGAUACAAACCAUACAGGAAUCCCUCUAGCUACAAAGCUAUGUUAUGCUGUUGGGGGAAUUCCAUAUCAGGCAACUAACAUUGCCCUGGGCUUCUCCUUCCAGUUAUUUCUGCUGGAUGUAGUGCAAAUGGAGGCGUUCUUUGUCUCUCUGAUCUUGUUCAUCACACGGGUGUGGGACGCUGUAACCGACCCCCUCGUUGGGUACCUGGUGAGCAGGAGUGGGUGGACCCCAGUUGGCAAGCUCCUCCCUUGGUCAGUUUUGUCCAUGCCACUGGGCAUUCUGUCUUACGUCUUCCUCUGGUUCAUCCCACAUGCUGCAGACAGCUCCUCAGUUGGUGUACCCUGGUACCUCAUCAUCAGCUGUCUCUUCCAGACACUAAUGAGCUGCUAUCAUGUCCCGUAUAUGUCACUUAAUAUGUUUCUGGGAGGAAAUAAGAGGGACAGAGAUUCAGCCACAGCCUACAGAAUGAGUGCGGAGGUGUUGUCGAUGCUGCUGGCUGCUGUGAUGCAGGGGCAGGUGUUGAGAGUGUACAACACAGAAAGAGAGAACUCCUGCAUGGACACCGAUUAUAAUGACGAGCUGACAUACAGCACCCCGUCUCCCUCCAUUGCUUCUCUACAGAACACACGAGCAGCCUUUCUGUCUUCGGCUCUGAUCCUGGGUGCUCUCUUCUUCCUCUGCUGUAUGGUGCUCUUUCUUGGAGUGAGAGAACAAAGUGGUGAGUACGUUCAGACAGAGAGGCGCUCGUCAUACCUUGCUGAUCUGAAGAAACUGAUUGGCCACGUCUCAUAUCAGCGCCUGGUGCUCGGCUUCCUGUUCUCCUCUCUUGCUUUCCAGAUGGCUUUAGGAAACUUUACUCUGUUCUGCAUCCAUGUGGCAGGAUUGGGAGCUCAGUUCCAAUAUCUCAUUUUGGCUAUACUGGUUUCAGCUACGGUAUCAGUGCCCAUGUGGCAGAUGAUUCUUUUGAGGUUGGGAAAGAAGAGUACUCUCUAUAUCGGCCUACCUCUCUUUAUUCCUGUUAUGAUAGUCCUAGCGUCUGUCUCAGAGAAUUUCCCCGUCUACAUGAUCAUGUGCAUUCUGGUUGGCACCAGCGUAGCUACACUCUUCUUGUUACCAUGGUCCAUGUUGCCAGACGUGGUGGAUGAGUUCAUGGUUGCGAACCCUUGCUGCAGGGCAAUGGAGCCGCUGUUUUUCUCCUGCUACUGCUUCUGCAACAAGCUCGGAGGAGGUCUCUCUGCUGGCAUCUCCACCAUGACACUACACCUGACAGGUUAUAAAACAGGAGCAUGCAGCCACAGCGGAGGAGUUGUCUUGGCAUUACGCCUGCUUUUGGCACCGAUUCCCAUCAUCCUACUGCUGGUGGGUCUGGUCUUCUUCUACCUCUACCCCAUCAAUGAAAUGCAGCGGCAGCAGAUCCAACAAGACCAGGAACAAACCAGGUAAGAUUGGUUAUGGUUCAACAUCACAGUGGGUUCGGAUGUAAA